AUGGCAGCGCUCACACAGGAGCAUCGCUACGGGCUCUCCUGUGGCCAAAUCAACAAAAACGCACCGAACCAAACUCUGUACCACGUCAAACUCACUGACACCGCCAUCCGGACCUUAGAAUCGUACCAGAAACUGAAGGCAACACUAUCAAGUCAGCCGGCAAUUUGCUUCAAGGGGAACCAGGGGUACAUCAAAAUCCCGGCACCGACCCCUGAAUCUCCGGACGGAAUUAGAGUCUUCUCCUUCUAUUUAUCCAGUGACAGCAAAGACAAACCUCAGUCCAGCUUUGACUGCAUUCACCAGUAUGUCUCGGGGGGGGGCAAGGACCACCUGGAGGGUCAGGGCAGCAUUCAGGACAAGAUCACAGUGUGCGCCACAGACGACUCCUACCAAACCACCAGGGAGCGAAUGUCUCAGGUGGAGAAGGACAUAUGGAGCCGCACAGCGAUCGAGAUCAAGCCCGGUCCGAGUAAGUGCGUGAAGGUCCAGAGGAAGCAGGGUCUGGUGUCGGGCUCCGAUGGCACCAACAAGCUCUCGCCCAACAACAAGCGGAGCCUGACUCCCAGCCCUGUGGCUCACCGGCCCCUCAGGGAUCGACUCCUUCAUCUGCUGGCUUUAAAACCCUACAAGAAACCUGAGCUGCUGCUGUGGUUGGAGAGGGAACGGGCCAGUCCCAAGGACAAGACGGACCUGAGUUUGGUCCUGGAGGAGGUUGGUAAACUGAACCUUAAGGACCACAGCUACUCUCUGAAGGACGAGCUCUACAGACAGGUUCAGAGAGACUGGCCCGGGUAUUUGGAAGAAGAGAAGCAGCUCAUCCACAGGAUGUUGAUCAGGAAACUUCAGCCAAUCCACAGCAGCCACUUAAAGAGUCCACAGUCCAACAGUUCAUUCCACAGAACACCAGGAGACUCUCCUUCGCAGCUCAGCCCUGCCAAGAAUCUCCCUACGAAACGCCCCUUUCCCUCUGACCCAACCAGCUGUCAAACCCCCAAAAAACAGAGACUGUUUGAGCAGUGUUCGUCCCUGCUGUUGCCCUCACACGGAGACAGCAGCUCCAACGGGGUCAACAGCGCCCCCACGCAGGGAAACUCUAACGUACAGAUCAAAACAGAGCCUGACAAAACGGGCAAUCCUCUCGAAGGAAGUCUGAACGGUCUGCACUCGCUGCACAGACUCACCGUGACGCCUGCUGCUCCCAAACCAGACAGGAAAGAACCGGCACCUGGAGCCCCCAGUCCCAAACCCCCCCACACCAACUCCUCCAUUUGCACUAACCCGCAGUUCAACAACGGCCAACAUAAGAAGAAAAAGUCCAAGAAGCACAAAGACAAGGAGCGAGAGCGCCUAAAACCAGAGUGGAUCGAGACCAGUCCAGACCAGAAGCAGGAAAAUCUCAAAGAGCAUGAGGGGGAGAAAACACCUGUGGAUCGAACUCCUGCGGCGCAGCCGCCGGACUAUUUAAUAAAAUACAGCUGUGAAACAGCACUGGACCAACGUCAACAGUACAAGGACGACUUCUGUGCCGAAUAUGACGAAUAUCGAGCUCUUCACGACCGCAUCGGCGCUAUCACAGAGAUGUUUGUUCAGUUGGGAUCAAAGAUCAACACUCUGUCUCCAGGGACACAAGAGUACAAGCUCAUGGAGGACCAAAUACUACAGAAGUACAGGAAGUAUAGAAAAAAAUUCCCUGGUUAUCGGGAAGAGAAGAAACGCUGCGAGUACCUCCACCAGAAGUUGUCACAUAUCAAAGGCCUGAUCACAGAUUACGACCGGACGCAGGAGUUGUCGUAGUGACGGGGUUCUACCCUGAACAGGGUGAGACGGAACUGGACCAAAAGCCUCCGCAAGGACCCAAAGACUGUCCAGCAGGGUCCUGGAGUCACUGAGACACUUUUCACUUUACUUCUCCCGACAAUGGAUUCCAGGAAUCAAGAGAGAGGUUCAUCAUCUCCUUUCGAUUUCUUUUUGACAAAAAAAAAAAAUCCAGAUUCCCGAUCAACUCAUGAUCGGAAAUCGCCCUUUUCACGUUAUCUGUGAUUAUCGCUGGAACGGCUGGAUUUGGUUCUGCUGUAUAAAACAAGGGUCACGUGACACAGUGAAAAAGCCAAAACCUGUGUUUCCUCACACCUGAUCCUUUUCUGCCUGUUUGUGUUUUUUGACUUUGUCUUUCAUUUGUCAGAGCUUAGGGAAGAUGUUCUGAAUUUAUAUAUAUAUAUAGUAUUAAAUUGAUGAUACAAUCAGUCUUGGGGGGAAAACAGACGCUAUUUAAGCCUCUACGUAUUUAACAUGCAGCUGAUUUUGCAAACAAAAAGUCACGUCGACACAUUUACCAGACUUUUGUCUUUCGUCCAAACCUCUCAAGAAAAACCGUAUCAUUGACUCGAAGCCAUACUUCUGCAGGACUGGACCAUUAUUAGUUAACCUUAUUUAUCAUCAUUUAUCAUUGGUGUCAAAUUCACCAACAUAACGUAGCCUGCAGUAUCACAGUCUGCCUUUACGCUGAGGACACACUACAAGUUUGUUUUUGUUUUGUUUUUUUGCCUGAUUUUACCCAUAAUUCCCUGAUGGGAAACAAGGUAGGGUGAAGCUGAUAUCUGACCCAAAUGGGUAAAUGUUUGUUAACCCUUCAAACUGUGGCCUAGGCAGGAGUUUGUGAUUGGUUCAUCUUGGUUUAGUUGGUUUCUCACAUUGUGAAGUUUCCUCAUUCGACUCCAAGUCUUCUCUUCACACAUCGUCUUCGUCACAUCCUCAUCAUCCUCUUCUUUCAGCUGCUUCCUCCAGUGUUCACCACAGCAGAUCACCUGCCCUCAUCUCUGCCAACUGUUACGUCACCAUCCUCAGCUGCUUCAUCUCCGUCUUAAUCCUCUUUUUUCAAACUGCCUGGUUUCAGCAUCUCCGUCAUCUUGCACCACUUCGACCACUGGUCUGAUCUGUUCCGUCAUACGUUAUCUUUCACAUCAUCUUCAUGAACCGCAAACUGUCUGGUCCUCUCAGAACCACUCCCGCUGUGACGGAGAAGUACGUCAAACCAAAUGUUCUCUGCUCCUCUCUCAGACUCAUCAGCUCCUCCACUUCAUGCCUGCGUUUGGUUUUCUGGGGGAUUUCAAAUGUUGUUCUGUCUCGGCACAUAAUCAGGAGAGUUUCCAAGAAGAUGCUGUAGUUGUUAGCACUGAGUUAUGCAAAGGGUGAGAAAACGAAGGUUAAAACGCAGAUUAAACGUGGUCGCUGUUGGAUUUGUAAAUCCCUGAUUUAUUCGUGUCUGUCAGAACCAGACUUUUUAAAAUCUAUUUUCAAUUAAUGCAUAUGUGAGUUUGUCCGCCUGAGAAAGCAGAGCCGUCAUUAACAUAAUAACAUUUCACAGGAACUUGUUCAAUCUGAAAUGUGAAGGUAAUGGAAUCGACGAACUGGGUGACGAAAAAAAAAAAAAAAACACAUGUUGGACCUUAAAAGAAUUUGUUCUGGUCUCUGAGUUUUAUCACAUUGGAUCAGUUCAGAACGUGGACUUAGUUUUUCAGGAUGAUAAUCAAGCUGUUUUUUCGACAAGUGCUAACUGUUUGAGAACUACUGACGGUGCCUUUCCAUUGAAGAGUCAGAGUGGCUCUCUUCUCAACUCUGAUUGGUUUAUAUGGUGGUAAAAAAAAAAAAAAAGAAGAAAAAACAUGACUUUGUGCCAGCACCGUUUUGGCCUGUGUAGUGUCACACUGUUCAAAGUGCUUUUACUCAUUUCUUUUAGACUAGGUUGACUUUUAAUGCAACAGAAUUAGUAUUUUAUAUUUUUGGAGGAUUUUCCUGGACAACUCUUUAAAACAGCAUUUCUUUCAGUUUCCACAUAUUUCAUAAAAUUAUGUGCUUUACGUUGGUACUGGAAAAAAAAAUAACAGGCUUCCACGGAAAUGUGAAAACAAAAACAAAAUGAAACAGAGGAGAACUAAUUUAUUUAUUGUUUUUUUUUCCUUGAAUUCUUUUGUCCUUUACUGCCUACUCUGUUCCAAGCAAACACAAAUGUACGGUGAAAGGGAAAACAAAUAUAUUUUUGCAUUUUCUGAUGACGGAUGAUUUUCACAUUGUUGUCGUCGUAAGAAAAAAACUUUCAGAAAAACUUAAAUGUAAACUGUCUGAGUAAAAGUGGAAAAUAAAGCUUUGUUUCCCA